UCUUUGUUCUGAUUGACGUUCCAUUCCAAGAUGGCAGACAUGCCGCUUGAGCCAUGAUAGUAUGGAAUCGUAGGAUUACGAUUUUUAGGUGUGUCUUUCUAAAUAUCGAACUAGAAUGUCUCCCGAAUUCUUGACUAAUGUCUUAUACGAAUGUUCUGACGAUGUGAAACAACUUGCUCGCGUUAAGUGCGCUAGUUUUAGGUAACGUUUGUGCCGGGACAUAUGUAAUAAAACGGUGAUCGAAAUUGUGUUUUUCGGUGUGUCGUGUACGAUAAGUAUUCUGGUUUGAUGUUAAAUUAAAAUGUGGAAUAUGAUGUGCGACGUGAUGCCCACUAUAUCGGAGGACAGUAUCAGUCAAAGGAGUUCGCAGUUAUCCGGUGAGGAUGCGAAUUUCGAGCAGUUGAUGGUGUCUAUGCUCGAUGAGCGAGAUAAGCUGGUGGAAAGCCUGCGGGAGACGCAGGAGCGACUGGGAGACUCGGAGCUGCGGCUCAAGGAGGUGGAGAAGGAACGAGACUCGCUGCACAGACAGAUCGCCGCCAAUUUGCCUCAGGAAUUCGCGACUCUCACAAAAGAGCUCAACCAAGCACGAGAACAGCUCCUCGAGAGGGAAGAGGAGAUAUCAGAGCUCAAAGCGGAGAGAAACAAUACCAGGUUAUUACUAGAGCACCUAGAAUGCCUGGUCUCGAGACACGAGCGCUCGCUACGCAUGACGGUAGUGAAGCGCCAAGCAGCCGCGCAGUCCGGGGUCUCCUCCGAAGUAGAAGUACUGAAGGCACUCAAAAGCCUCUUCGAACAUCACAAGGCGUUAGACGAAAAGGUUCGCGAGCGGUUGCGUGUUGCGUUAGAACGAAACACGGCGCUAGAAGAAGAACUAGCGCUCACUAAGGAAGAAUUGCAGCAAUACAAGUCGUCCCAGGACGACAAGCCGAAGGAGAACGGCACCGUCCCCACCGGCUCGCCCGAGCAGAACGGGGAACAGCAGACCACCAAGGAUCCAAAUAAUGUAAACGGCGAAUCGGAGACGACAAGGAAAAUCAGUGAACUCCAAAAUACGAUCGCCAAGCAGUCAGCGGAACUUAGCUCGUGGCAGCGCCGCGUGGCGGAGCUCAACAACAAGGUGUCGGAGCUGGAGGACCGGCUCUCCAAGGGAGAGAAGGAGCUUGCCAAGAAGCAGGAGGAGUGCGUCAAGCUGCAGAGGGACCUCAGGGAAAACGUCGCGCAGAAGGAAGAUCAGGAGGAACGCAUCACGACGUUGGAGAAACGGUACCUGAACGCGCAGCGCGAGUCCACGUCACUGCACGACCUCAAUGAGAAGCUGGAGCAGGAGCUCAACCACAAGCAGGCGCAGCUCAAGCUGCAAGAGGAGAAAAUCGCAGCCAUUGAGGAGAAGUUGGAGUUGUCCACGCAGAAGCUGGCUCAGAUGUCUUCCUUGCCUGAGAUGGAAGAACAGCUCAAGGCCAGGAUGGAAGCCCUCAGUCAGGCGCAGGAGCGGCACGGGUCGGCCGAGGACCGCAUCCAGCGCCUGGAGGCCAGCGUCGAGGAGAAGAACGCCGAGCUCAUGCGCCUCAACCAGCGCCUGCGCAUGAACGAGGAACAUAACACCCGCCUCUCUGCUACCGUCGACAAACUGCUGUCCGAGUCUAAUGAUAGGCUACAAGUGCACCUCAAAGAGCGCAUGCACGCGUUAGACGAGAAGAACGCACUCACGCAGGAGCUGGAGAAGACGCGCAAAUACGCGGACGAGCUGCUCGCUGAGAAACAGGAGAUACUCAAGGAGCUCGCCAAGUGGCGCAUGGAGACUGAACAGCUGAAGCGGCAGAUGUUGGAACAGGAGAUAGCGUUCAACAUCCAGCAGACGGACGCGCUCACUCGCUCGCUGUCCCCGGCCGCGCAGCCGCAGCCGCCGCCCGGACUGUUCCAGCCCAAGCUGGACGGGUCGUGGGAGAAGCUGCAGCAGGCGCACGUGCUGGCCACCGUGCAGCAACCCUUCGACGUCUCCAGCGACGCCGAGAACGACGAAUCAGACGGUGGCGUAGAAGGUGGUCACACAGACGCGGCCGCCCUGGCUCUGAUGCUGCAGGAACAGCUGGACGCCAUCAACACGGAGAUACGGCUCAUCCAGGAGGAGAAGCAGACCACCGAGGCACGCGCAGAGGAACUCGAGUCCAGGGAUGUAUAUAAGCGGGUGUGGUGUGGGCAGGUGGGCAGCUACGAGCACAUGAACGUGGUGGCCCGCCGCGGGGAGUCCCCGCCGCGCGCGCCCUCGCCCUCCCGACAUGCGCUCGCGCAGCACCACAAGUACCACACCGCGCCUGCGUCGAUGUCCCCCGCGGCGCACUACCGCGCGGCGCCGGCCUCCGAGAGCCUGCCUUCAAGCCAGUUGCAGCUAUGCGAGGAAGGUGCGGGUGGCGUAGGCCCCGUGGGUCCAGUGGGGCCGCCGCAUGGUGAAGGGGCGGAGUCCCCGCUGACGGCACGCUCGCUGCGCCUGGAGCGGGCCGCCCGCGCCAUACACGCCGAGCGAGACCGACUGCGCACUCACUACCAACCACCUUAUGAUGCGACGUCGAUAAUGUCGGGCAGCCUCGCACGGAUCCCCAUGCACAGCAACAUAUCGUCGAGCUCGUCGCAGGAGUCGCUGGGCGGCAUGGCGUCGUCGCUGGGCGGCGGCGUGGCCAGCGCGUGGGGCGGGCCGGCCGGCUCCUCGCGCGCCGGCGCCGCCUCCGCCGCCUCCAUCGCCUCCAUGCACCAGCAGAAGAAGCGCGGCAUCAAGAGCUCGCUCGGACGGUUCUUCAGCAAAAAGGAAAAGGCUGGGAUGCCGCUCCAACAAGGCCAGAGUCCCCGGUCGCUAUCGUCAGUGUCGUCCCUGGGUCUGUCGUCUCUAGCGGACGACCCGUCCAGCAGCGACGCCAUGACCCCGCACGCCCCCAUGCCACACGCGCCCAUGUCGCAUCAGGACUACGCCAGGACUAAGAGCAAAGACCGCGACUACCGUCACGAGUUGCUGGGCGAGGCGAUGCGCGCGGGCACGCCGUUCGCGCUGUGGAACGGGCCCACCGUGGUGGCGUGGCUCGAGCUGUGGGUGGGCAUGCCGGCCUGGUACGUGGCCGCCUGCCGGGCCAACGUCAAGUCCGGCGCCAUCAUGUCCGCGCUCUCCGACCAGGAGAUACAGAGGGAGAUCGGUAUCAGCAACCCGCUGCACCGGCUGAAGCUGCGGCUGGCGAUCCAGGAGAUGGUGUCGCUGACGUCUCCGUCGGCGCCGCGCGGCACGGCCUGCGCCGCGCUCGCCUUCGGGGACAUGAACCACGAGUGGAUCGGGAACGUCUGGCUGCCCUCGCUAGGUUUACCUCAAUACAGAACUACGUUUAUGGAGUGUUUGGUGGACGCGCGGAUGUUGGAGCACCUCACCAAGAGGGACCUUAGGACGCAACUCAAAAUGGUUGACAGUUUUCAUAGGACAUCUCUGCACUUCGGCGUAGCGUGUCUGAAGCGUGUCGGCUACAGCGUGCGAGCGCUAGAAGAGAGACGGCGCGCCGCGGAGAUGGGCACGAGGGACGUGCUCGUGUGGACCAACGAGAGACUGCAGCGCUGGCUCGUCUCCAUCAACCUCAAGGAGUACGCGAACAACCUGUCGGAGAGCGGCGUGCACGGCGCGCUCAUCGCGCUCGACGACAACUUCGACGCCAACUCCAUGGCGCUCGCGCUGCAGAUACCCACGCAGAACACGCAGGCGCGCCAGGUCCUGGAGCUGGAGUUCAGCAGCCUGCUGGCGGCGGGCACGGAGCGCGCCGCCCGCCACCACGACACCGCGCCCUCCUGACACCACACGCUCAACUAGGCCACAUGGUUCCCCGGGUAGUGGGCCGGUGGGCGGCGCGGCCCGCUGUAGUCAGACAUAACUUUAUAUUUAUUUGGUACAAAUGUUGCGCGGAGUGCGGUAUGGCGGCAUUUUAUAGUAACCACUAACCACGCUUCAACGUGUACAUACUUCAAUACUCGGCUCGCUUCAUCUAACUCUAUCUACCGAACUACUAUAAAAUGCUAUCAUAGACAAACAAUAAUAUCCUCCGUAACUGUAUAUUGUAGGUAAGUAAGGCUUCACUAUAACUACAAAGUGCUCUGAAUCUGUAGACUUAUGUACUUAACUUGUAAUCUGAUAUUUAUUGUGACUCGGAUACAACAAAUGUAUGUUAGCGCCGCGGCCCGUGCUCCCUCGCGCACUAAUGUAAGUAUUAUCGCCUUAAAGUAUUCCCUUAGAUGUACAGUAUACUUGUUAUGAAGCUAUAUUGGCUGUCCUUGAGCCGACAUCCAUGUGACGAUACAUUCAUUCAUUCUCAUAUAGAUGUGGUCUCGACCCCCUAUACAAACAGAUAGCCUUAUAUCGCAAUAGUUUAUAGUGUCGGGCUCCCCGACUACAGUCGUUGUUGCGACGGGUGUAGUCCGGGAGGCUGCGUGUUGCCAUUUUGUACGAUCGUGGAGGGGGCACGGCGCGCGGGAACAUUGUCAUACUCUGAUGCCAAAUAUUAGUUAUAUUGUAACUAAUAUAUACAUUUGUAUUCUGUCGACGCCACAGUCUGCAAUGUAUUGCGUUCUACUUAUAUCCUAUUUUAAUUCAAUUGACUUAAAACUUAUAUUAUGUUGAAUUUUAAAAGUACAAUUUCAAAAUGUUUUGAAUUGAUUUUUAUUUUUUAUAGACGAUUUUUAUGUAUUGUUAUGUUGUAUAAGGUUGGGAAUAUAGUUGCAGGCUGUUUGCUCGGCUGUACUCGUAAAGUUACUGUGUUGUGAGAGAUUACAUUGUAGCCGGCAGGGGGCGACACUGUCGCGUCUGUCCUGUGUGAUACUGGACUGAUACUGCACCAUAUACUCGACAACUACACCGUGUUUAACCCUAAUUUAUUAUUUUAUAUGUUUGAAUAAUGUUCACAAUGAAUUUUUAUAAUGUAAGUUCAGUUUUAACUUGUCCAAUUAGUCAUGUGUUGUAGUUUAAGUCGCGUGGUCGAGUGUAUGGCGCAGUGGUCGGUUUGAAUAGUUGGGUGUGUACCAAGUGCCUCGGCGAGGUGUGUAUAUACAUAGCUUUAUGUAGUGGUACUGGUACUGGUACGAUACUAGUCUAUGUACAGUGUUGUUACAUUGUUUUGUAAUCUUGUAUUCUAUUAACUCGCUACUAGACAGCUCCGACUUAGCUAGGUAUAUUUUGUUAAGCGUUUUACAACAAACACUUCAAUAGGUAAUCAAAUAAACUAUCGAUUGUAUAGCUAAAGCGAUUUUAAUUUGAAUGUGAAUCUUUUAACGAGUAGCAAAUAUAUUGUAAAUAUUAUCAUUUCUAUCGACUGUAGGUGUAAUAGCAAUAUUUAGCUAAGAUGUGUUCAAAACUGAAAGGAUUUUUAUUGUAUUAUUACUUUGUAAUGAUAACCGCUUAUUUAUUAACUAGAUUUUAUUAUUUAUUAAGUUAUUAUAGGAAAUGUAUGAAAUAUACCGGUUUAUUAUAAUUACCUCAGUAAUGUCGUCGUGGGUGCGCCGGCGCAGGCCUCAGCUAUAGUUAUCGAGUAACAGUAUUAAUAAAGUUAGGUGAGAGACGGCCGCGGCGCCACCGGUGUGUGAUUUUUUAUAAAAUUAAUUAAUUUUUAAUCGUAGAUAAAAUUUGGAUAUUCUCGGAGUAAGGUUGCGCCGCGCGUCGCAUGUUGUGGGCUGAUGUCUACAUAUACUACAUUAUAAUAUCUCGCGCCUAUCUUACCCCGCAUUGCUCAUAUAUUCCUUACUUGACUCAGCCCACAAUAUGCGACGCGGCACAUUUUCGAAAUUUUUCAUAAUAAAUUGGGAAGUGAGGUAUCUAUCUACUUUGUAUCGCGGCUUGUGAGCGUGACGGCGCGGGCGCGGGUGGGCCGGGGGAACUUUACGUACUCGACGCUAUAUAUCACUAAUUAGACAACUCGUCGUAUGAUAUCUAGGUAAACGUUAUCGUUGUGAAACACCUCGUUGUUUUCUCUAUAGAUAGGUAAAUAUCGGAAGCACUUGGAGCGUCGUUUUGACGUUCAAUGUGCAAAUUGUUAUGAUUACUAAAUUAUACAAUUGUUGAGUCCCCGGUCGUCGAGCCACAUACUGCUGUAUACUGCGGCGCCAUCUGUCGGGGUGCGACACAGACCGACCGCCCGGCCUUUGUGUCGGUCUGUCUAUCAAACGUUGUAGUGUAAUUGAAUGACUUUAUUUAGAUGAAUUAUGUAUGGAAGUGUUAGUGCCGCGAGGCGACGGCUCCGUGUCGUGGUCGUGUCGUCGGCCGUGGUGACGUCUCGUCAAUAAAGCGCGACUCAAUAUCAUACGUACACAUCAUCGUUUCAUUAUCAAUAUAUAAAUAAAUGAUAUAUAUUAGCUACAUAAAGUUUGUAUACAAUGCAAGUGGAGAUGGUUAUUUAGUUAACUGUUAGUGUACUUAUAGCUUUUCGACGUAGCUAAUCAAGUUUUGUAUAAAGUCGUUUGGAUGACGUAGUAUAGCCGAAGUGUCAUGGCCGCCGUGCGGUCCCUUUGUAUUCUACACGAUUUAUAUGUUCCCCUCUGUUAGCCUGUUAGUAGACGUUAUCGUCCGGUUCCGAAUACACCGCCGGGCCAGUUACACUGCACCGGUCGUUGCGCGCGGUGUGACAUGCCCGGCCGGUAGAGCAGCAACGAGAGUAACCUCCACAAGUGCCAAGUAACCGCCAGUUUGGAACGGACGCGACCGAACAAUAACUAGAAUAAUUUCUCACAUUCCAACAACUCCGAUGACGCACUGCGCACGUCGGACCGAAACGAACAAAAAUAUUUCCAGUCGAAGUCCCAGUGGCUCGCGCUACCAAAGAAUAAAGUUACCUUCACGUUAAGGAGUAUUGUAACAUAUGUUUAUUAGUGAAACAAUUGGAUAUGUAUAUAAUUUGGCCUGUGUGUGCAUAGCUUGUAUAGUGAGGGCGCGCGAGUGGGUGCGUCUCGUCACCGUUCGCGUUACAUUCCAAGGCUUUCCGUGUUAUAAAUGAUCGCUUUGGCCCUGACUAGGUAAUCGGUAUAUCGUUACAGGUGAUCCCUUCUAACGGCCAUUGUUUUGAUGUCAUAACGAAAUUGUUAACUAGACAAUGUUUAUUUUGAGCAAUGUAAUCAGUACUAAUGUGUAAUCUGUACGUUUGUAAAAACGUUUAUCAAAAGUGCGAUGACGGCAUACGUUGUGCAUAAUGAUAAGAGGUAAAUACAAUUUACACGAUACAA